CUAGGUAAUUUGGUUCACAUUGGCAGUAGCAAUCAAUACAUUCAUGGUAGCAAUGGAGGAGUAUCAGACUGAAGAGGAGAGUGCGUUUGUCGUUGAAGAAGUGAAAAAAGUCACCAAAGAGUCAGUAGAAGCAGCCAUAGGAGGAAAUGCCUACCAGCACAGCCGAGUGAACCAGUGGACCACCAGUGUAGUGGAGCAGUGCCUCAGUCAACUCAGCAAGCUGGGGAAGCCUUUUAAAUAUAUUGUAACUUGUAUCAUCAUGCAGAAAAAUGGAGCAGGUCUGCAAACAGCCAGCACAUGCUUCUGGGACAACUCAACUGAUGGAAGCUGUGUGGUGAGAUGGGAAAACAAGUCCAUGUACUGCAUCGUCAGUGUUUUUGGGCUGGCCAUCUAAACCAACAACAAUGAACCUGAAGUGUUUGAAAUGUGUAGAAUUUUGUAUAUUUUUCAGAGCCAGCAUGUUAUGUUUGGUCAUGUUGGCUAUAUUUAAAUAAACUUUUAUAUUAAACGCAAUUGAUUAAAACAAUACUAU